UGGAGCCUGGAAGGAGGUGCCUACGAGAAUGGCGGCGGAGGGCUGGCGGGAGACAGUGGCUCACGGGCAACUGCAGCUUGCUGCCUGCGCGCCAUUUCAGCGGAACGGAGGCUCCUGCACCAGCGGCUGUAACAGCAACAAUAACAACAACAAUAAUAACGGCGGAGGAGGCAGCAUGUGCAACGGCGUUAGUAGCGGAGAGGGCUCCAGCGUCAGUACACGCGGUGGAAAGUGGGUGCGCUUGAAUGUCGGGGGCACCGUUUUCCUCACUACCCGGCAGACCCUUUGCAAGGAGCAGACCUCGUUCUUGUACCGGCUUUGCCAGCAGCAGGACCUUCAGUCGGACACGGAUGAAACUGGAGCCUAUGUCAUAGAUAGAGAUCCAACUUACUUUGGCCCAAUCUUAAAUUAUCUGCGCCAUGGAAAAUUGGUCUUCAACAAGAAACUUGCAGAAGAGGGAGUUUUGGAGGAAGCUGAGUUUUACAACAUUACUCCAUUAAUAAAACUAAUAAAGGAGAGGAUUCUUGAGAGAGACUGCAAAGCAGCACAGAUCCCACCCAAGCAUGUAUACCGGGUUCUGCAGUGCCAAGAAGAGGAGCUUACCCAGAUGGUGUCAACAAUGUCAGAUGGGUGGAAGUUUGAACAGAUGGUGAACGUGGGCUCCUCCUAUAGCUACGGCACAGAGGACCAGGCUGAAUUCCUUUGUGUGGUUUCCAAGGAGCUCCAGAGCGCAGCAGGUGGAGCUGGCUGUGAGCUUAGUCAGAAAACUAAGCAUCCUGAGAUGCAGGAGGACACUGACAAGGAGGAAACAGAGCCACAAGAAGCUGAAGCAAAUGGCUGGAAUUAAAGAUAUUAUAAUAAAAAAAAAAGUCUAAUUAAAAUUCAAGAUAAUGCUUUUCCAAAUUCAUGGGUCCAGGAUGUAGAAGAUAUUUUUGUUUGUGAUUCCAAAGGAUUACAUGUCUUUUUUUUUAUCUAUUUAUUUAUUUAAAAGUCUGUUUUUUGUGCAAUUUUCUGUCUGCCCAAGGAGGAGGGAGUUGAUCGUCCAUGACAGUUCAAAGCCAGGCAUCAAACACAGCUUUGCGAGACCAAUUCUGACUCAUUUCUCACUAAGACAUGAUUGUAGAAUUUGAAACAUUUGCUUUGAGCCAAAAGGAGAACGCAUCUCUAUAUUCUGAUUGUGAUGCUUAUUGCAAAGGUAAACCAAACAAGAAUUUAGUAAUGGAGCGUCCUAUGCAGCCAACACCAGCAAAUUUUGCGAAGAACAUUUAAAGGACGUUGCAAAGAAUCUCAUUAAACGUACACUUAUUGUUUUUGAACGACUUGCACUUUAUAAAAAGCAAAAAUGCAAAAAAAAAAAACAAAACUAUGUUCUGUUAAUAUAUACUUGUGGUUGCUGCUGUGACAACUGCAGUUCUUUUUCUGAAAAUGCUUUUUUGACAUUUUAAAAGGAAGGUCAAAUGCACUAGUCAGUGAUUGAACAAAUGUAGGGAGCUUUUUAAAAACCUGUUUUUUGGUGCAAGUCAUUAACACUGAAAGGUUACCACGCAUCUACUGUACCUGUACUUUGUUGCCAGGCUUACAGGCAAAAAACAAAGAAAUUUUUAGCAUUUUUUGUUUGGCUCUGAUGAAGUUAGCAGUUAUCGGAAGAUAUAUGCAUUAAGAAAAAUGUAUUAUUUUCAUUCCUGGUUAGUGUGUCUGUCUGCUUGCUAUUUCAGCUCCACUCAUGGGAACACUUUAACGUCCUUAUGUACAUUUCCUAAAGAGACUACCUCUUUUUUUAUUCAUCCUUUUUUUGGGAUGAGUUAGGGUAUCAUCAUUCUCUUAGGUUAUGUUCAAGAUUCUUCCUUUGGGAGCUUGCCUGGAGGUGCGUUCAUUCUGUUUGUUUUUGGAAGUGAGCCGUUUCAAUUUUCAUAAACUGUGAAUGAAGUUUUGACCAUUAAAACUUUUGUUUUGUACCAGUAA